AGGAAGUGCUGUCGGCAGCUCUCACGAGAACUGAGUACUUGUUUUCUUUUUUGUUUUUUGGUUUUUGUUUUUUGAGACAGUCUGGCUCUUGCCGCCCAGGCUGCAGUGCAGCGGCGCGAUCUGGGCUCACUGCAACUUCCGCCUCCCAGGGUCAAGCAAUCAUCCUGCCUCAGCCUCCUGAGAGGACCCGUUUUCUAAGAGAUCCUAGUGGUGCUGUUGUCUGCAGGUUCUUUGAGGGCGCCACAUCAGGGGUCCCUCAGGUUCAGGGAUCACCUGUAGCUUCCCAGGACAGCCAGCCACGGAUCCUGUGGGCAGGAGGGCUGCCAAGGCCCAGUUGGAGGCUCAAUUUAUGGCGGCCCAGGGGAAGGAGCGUGCAGGAAAGGAUCCAGUCAGUGACGAAUGUGAGGAAAGAAACCCUUUUACAGAAACAAGGGAGGAAGAUGUAACUGAUGAGCAUGGGGAAAGAGAACCUUUUGCUGAAAAAGACGAGCACACGGGGGCUAAUACCAAGAAGCCAGAAGAUACUGCAGAGGAUCUUACUGCAAAAAGAAAAAGGAUGAAAAUGGAUAAAGCUUGCAGCAAAACAAAGAACAAAAGUAAAAGUGCUUUCAGCAAAAAACAACUUAAAAGGCAGAAACGUGAUUAUAUACAUUCUCUGAAGUUGCUGAAUGUCCUUGAAGAAUACAUCACAGAUGAGCAGAAAGAAGAAGAAGAAGAAGAGGGAGAAGAAGAAGAACUAAUUAAAAUAUUUCAAGAACAACAGAAGAGGUGGCAGCAAUAUAGAAGUGUUAGGAGAGAGAGGCUGAAAGAGAUGAAGCUGCUACGUGACCAAUUCUUAAAGACUCUUGAGAACUUUGAAGACCUUUGUGACAGAGUUUUUUCUGAUGAAGACAGUGAACUUGACAACUAGACAUGUUUUUAAAUAAAAUUGUGUCGGAGACUCUUUUGGAAGAGUUGGCACUUACUCAGUUGUCUCUUCAACCUCUGUUAUUCUGAUGACUGAAGAAAGAAUUUGAACCUGUGUUAUAUGAUACAAGCACAACUUGAGCUACAGUAAACUACAUGACAGUGUUUUGAUAAUUGUUAUAUAAAUCAGUGUAGCUCCUCUGUCAUUUGUCUGUUACAUGCCAGACCUCGUUUCUAUGAUCUGUUGAAUGAACCCUAGACACUUCUGUGAGAAAGCAGCAAUUGCACAGUUAUGUACACGGUCAAUUAAAUUUUGACAUUAAAGAUAAUUUAGAUUUC